AUGAUACCUUCGGACCACCGUAUGUGGCGGCAUUCAGCCAUUAGUCCACUCACGAACUAAUUGCGCGUCGGCUCCGUGGCCGCAUAAUCACCCUCUAAGCACCGCGUCCGCCACCAUAAAUGAAGGUUAUAGACGCAUAGAAGCUGUCAUCAAUUAUGAACGAACGGACUUGGCCUCACCGAUCAGAAACCUCUCAUUUCUCAACCCUACAAUUCCCUAUCAAAAAUUCGGCUCGAAAACAUGAAAAUUCUACUUCAAAAUCAAUUCGUGUCCGGCAGUUCCGACCAUCAUCAUCGUCGCGGCGUUCUGAUCAAUUCCGUGACUUCGCAGCGCUACCUAACGACGUGUUAACUAAAAUUGCGGCGAAUUUUAGCCUCCCGAAUUUACAGGCAGCAUCGUUGGUUUGCAAAUCAUGGAGAGACGGACUCCGACCGUUGCGGGAGGCGAUGCUGUUUCUCCGUUGGGGGAAACGAUUCAAGCAUGGCCGUGGCGGUGUGCAGCCGAACAUCGAGAAAGCGUUGGAUUCGUUUCUGAAAGGGGCGGCGCGUGGAUCUACUCUCGCUAUGGUGGAUGCAGGAUUGGUUUUAUGGGAGAUGGGGAAGAAAGAAGAAGGUGUGGCGUUGUACAGGAAAGCAGCCGAGCUUGGUGACGCUGCUGGGCAGUGCAAUUUGGGGAUUUCUUAUCUUCAAGCUGAACCACCUAACAUGAAGGAGGCUGUGAAAUGGCUAUACCAAGCUUCUCUUGCUGGCUAUGUUCGAGGUCAAUACCAACUUGCCCUUUGUUUGCAUCGGGGUAGUGGAAUGACUCAGAAUCUUCCAGAAGCGGCGAAGUGGUAUUUAAGAGCUGCAGAGGGUGGAUAUGUGAGGGCAAUGUAUAAUGUAUCAUUGUGUUACUCAUUGGGCACAGGGUUCUCACAAAACCAUAGACAUUCUAGAAAAUGGAUGAAACGUGCUGCUGAUCAUGGACAUAGGAAAGCUCAGUUUGAACAUGGACUCUCUCUAUUUUCGGAAGGGCAGAUGAUGAAGGCGGUGGUGUACUUGGAACUGGCAGCACGUGGUGGUGAGACGGCGGCAGCUCAUGUGAAGAAUGUGAUACUUCAACAGCUUCCACCACCUUCUCAAGAGCGUGCACUCAGUCUUGCUGACAAUUGGCGGCCUCUUCCAUCGUCCCGAUAACCACCACCACUACCUUCGUCUGUUCCUUGUAUGUGUGCUUGGGGACCUCCUUUGUUGUGGAAAAAAAAAUCAAAAUCCAUACGUUUUCUCUUGAAAUACAUCUUUUGUGUUCUUGAACUAAAUAAAAAUGUAAGUUUCUAGGGAUAACCUAAAUGAUGUUUGAUAUAACAUUGUAGAUGUUUGAAACCA